UGGCCGCGCAGUGCGUAAGGUCUUUGAGUCGCCUGCACGGAAGUGAGCGGUGUGCGCCGGAAGCGAAUACAGAGGCUGCCUCGUGGGGAAGCGGGCGGCAUGGGGCAGUCGGGGCGGUCCCGACAUCAGAAGCGCGCUCGCGCCCAGGCGCAGCUCCGCAACCUCGAGGCCUACGCCGCGCAGCCGCACUCCUUCGUGUUCACGCGAGGCCGCGCGGGCCGCAGUGUGCAGCAGCUCAGCCUGGAUGUCCGGCGGGUCAUGGAGCCGCUCACCGCCACCCGCCUGCAGGUUCGAAAGAAGAACACCCUGAAGGACUGUGUGGCCGUGGCCGGCCCCCUGGGGGUCACACACUUCCUUGUUUUGAGCAAAACCGACUGCAGUGUAUACUUGAAGCUGAUGCGACUCCCAGGAGGCCCCACCCUGACCUUCCAGAUCAACAAGUACACACUGAUACGGGACGUGGUCUCUUCCCUGCGCCGACACCGCAUGCACGAGCAGCAGUUCAACCACCCGCCCCUCCUAGUACUCAACAACUUCGGUCCCCAGGGCAUGCACGUCAAGCUCAUGGCCACCAUGUUCCAGAACCUGUUCCCAUCCAUCAACGUGCACACGGUCAACCUGAACACCAUUAAGCGCUGCCUCCUGAUCAACUACAAUCCUGACUCCCAGGAGCUGGACUUCCGACACUACAGCAUCAAAGUGGUCCCCGUGGGCGCGAGCCGCGGCAUGAAGAAGCUCUUACAGGAGAAGUUCCCCAACAUGAGCCGGCUGCAGGACAUCAGUGAGCUGCUGGCCGCGGGUGCGGGGUUGUCAGAAAGUGAGGCAGAGCCAGACGGAGAACACAACACCACAGAGCUGCCCCAGGCUGUGGCCGGUCGUGGCAAUAUGCAGGCCCAGCAGAGCGCCAUCCGCCUUACAGAGAUUGGUCCCCGGAUGACACUGCAGCUCAUCAAGAUCCAGGAGGGUGUUGGGAACGGCAAUGUCCUCUUCCACAGUUUCGUACACAAGACAGAAGAGGAGCUGCAGGCCAUCCUGGCAGCAAAGGAGGAGAAGCUACGGCUGAAGGCCCAGCGUCAGAACCAGCAGGCAGAGAACGUGCAGCGCAAGCAGGAGCUGCGAGAGGCCCACAAGAAGAAGAGCCUGGCAGGCAUAAAACGAGCCAGGGCAAAGGCUGACGGUGACAGUGACGCUGAGGACCCAGGGGCGCCAGAGGCAGUGGGGGCUGGCCAGCCUGAAGACGAUGAGGAUGAUGCCGAGUACUUCCGCCAGGCUGUGGGCGAGGAGCCUGAGGAAGAUUUGUUCCCCACAGCUGCUAAGCAGAAACGGCAGGGGAGACCUCUGGGCAAAAAGCAGCGAGGGAAGGAGCAGAGGCCUGGUAAUAAAGGCCGAGGUCAGGGUGGCAGAGCCCAGAGAGUCAAGACCAAGCUGAGACCCAGAGCCACAACCCAGAACUUGGGUCCAACAUCACGGAGAGGAGCCUGAGCCUGCCUGGGAGUGGGUGGACCAUGGAUGCCCCACAUUGGGGCCCGGAAGCUGCCCUGGGGUCCAGUGCAGUCCGGUUUCCUUUCAUAAAGGAGCUGCCCAGUUCUUACCCCCAAUAAACCUGACCAUGGCA